AUGAAUUUAUCAAGAAAUAUAAAAAAUAUUAUUUACGAUGUGAUUGUUGUAGGUGGAGGUCAUGCUGGAUGUGAGUCAGCUGCUGCAGCAGCAAGAAUGUCUGCUAAUACACUUCUUGUAACACACAAAAAAGAAACCAUCGGUGAAAUGUCAUGUAAUCCAUCUUUUGGUGGUGUUGGUAAAGGACAUUUAAUGAGAGAAAUUGAUGCUCUUGAUGGAGUAUGCCCAAGGAUUUGUGAUAAAUCUUCUAUAACAUAUCAAGCAUUAAAUAGAUCUGCUGGUCCUGCUGUUAUUGGGUUAAGAGCUCAAAUUGAUAGAAAAUUAUAUAAAAAUGCCAUUCAAGAUGAAAUAUUUAAUACAAAAAAUUUAAAUAUAUUUGAGGGUGAAGUUAAUGAUAUUAUUGUAAAUACAAAUAAUAAUAAAAAAAGUAUAGAAGGAAUAGUUUUAAAAAAUGGUGAAAUUUUAAAAUGUAAAACAUUAAUAUUAGCUACUGGAACAUUUCUUGAUGCAGAAAUAUGGAUAGGAAAUUCUCGAAUUAAAGCUGGUCGAAUGGGUGAUAAUGCUUCAAUUGAUUUGGCGAAGAGUAUUAAAGAAUUAAAUUUUGAGAUUGGUUAUUUAAGAACAGGAACUCCAGCAAGAUUAUCUAAAAAAAAUAUAGAUUUUAGUAAAUUUACUUUAAUGCCACCUGACAAAAAACCAAUUCCAUUUUCUUUUUUGACUAAAGAAAUAAGUAUACCUAUUGAAAAACAGUUACCAACAUAUCUUGGUCAUACAAAUUCAAAAGUUAAAGAUAUUAUUGUUAAAUAUUUAAAAACAACCGAACAUAUACGUAGAGAAAUAAAUGGACCAAGAUAUUGCCCAUCAUUAGAAUCGAAAGUUGAGAGAUUUCCUAAUUUAGUACAUAGAAUAUUUCUUGAACAUGAAGGCUUAGAUGUUGAUGAAAUAUAUCCUCAGGGAAUGUCAAUGACUUUUGAACCCGAAAUACAGGAGAAAAUAUUUAGACAAAUAGAUGGUUUAGAAAAUGUUAAUAUUACCCAUCCUGGAUAUGGUGUAAAAUAUCAAUAUAUUAAUCCGAAACAAUUAAAACCAACUUUAGAAACUAAGCUUGUUUCAGGAUUAUAUUUGGCUGGUCAAGUUAAUGGGACAACUGGUUAUGAGGAAGCAGCUGGACAAGGUAUAAUUGCUGGUAUAAAUGCAGCAGGAAAAGUUCAAGAAAAAGAUCCAUUUAUUAUAGAUAGAACAGAAGCAUAUAUAGGUGUUUUAAUAGAUGAUUUAACAAGUUUAGGUACAAAUGAACCUUAUAGAAUGUUUACUUCAAGAGCUGAAUUUCGAAUGCAUUUAAGGCCAGAUAAUGCGGAUGUUAGAUUAACUGACAAAGGUAUUGAGUAUGGUUGUGUUGGAGAAGUUAGGACAAAUUAUUGGAAGAAAAUGAAGGGUGAUUUAGAAUAUGUUAAAGACAUCCUGAAAAAUGACAUUAGGUCGGCUACCAAAUGGGAAAAUGAAAUUAAGAAUUUAAAACGAUUAUCUCAAAAUAAAAUUUCAGCUUUUGAUUUACUUCAUAAAUGUAAUCUUUCAUUUAAUGAUUUCUAUUUGACAAUCCCAGAAUUAUCACAUUAUAAAGAUAAUAUUGAAUUGGAGGAAAGAAUAAAAAUUGAAGGUAGUUAUGAAGUGAUGCAUAAACGUUUGAUGAAUAAAAUGGAAGAAGUCAAAAACAAUUCUAAUAUGAGUAUACCAGAUGAUAUUGAUUUUUCAGAUAUUAAAAGUCUUUCAUUGGAAUGUAUAGAAAAGUUAGAAAUGCUAAGACCUUUAAAUGUUGCUGCUGCUUCAAGGAUACAGGGUAUUACUCCAACAGCAUUGCUCACAUUAAUGAUAUAUUUAAAAUCAAGAAAAGUUACAAAAUAA